UAUUAUAAUGUUGUGCGCAUGCGUGUAGAUAGUCUUGCCAUGUGGAAAAUGGACAUUAAUGAUCAAGAGUGAUUGAGCUAUUUAACAGUGGAGGUACCUGCCGAGACUAACCUUACACAAGGAUAUUAGCUUUUAGAGCUAAGUAACAAGAUGGCAGACGACUCAGAGAGCCUGAUCACGGAAAUCGUCGAGGAGACGACUGGAGACGAAGGGCUAUUGCCAAGUGCUAGACCUCGAGGGAGACUGUACUCGUUGAACUCCUCGAGGCUCCCGACUGAUGUCAUCAAACGCAUAGCCGUGGAGCUGAGGCUACCUGGGACUGCCUCGAGGGCAGACACCUACCCUAUGCUGGAGGGCAAGCUGGAAGAGUUGGGACACGAACCAAGGAACGUUCAAGUGAGGCUGGAUGAAGACUCCAUUGAGCUGAUGGAUGCUGAAGGAGUGUUUCUGCAGAUAGAAGUCCCUGCUGAAGAGGAUCCUGCCGAAGAGGAUGGACGCGAAGGAGGCGGAGACCUGCGCGCUCAACUAGACGAAGCCUGCUCUCUGAACGAGUGCCUUCAGAGAGAGGUGAGUGAACUUAAGAUACGGCUUGCUAAAGCCAACACUAGGGUCAAGGAACUGUGGGGCCAGCAAUGUGCAUUGUUGGCCGAGUUUGAUGAACAAUUAGCCGAAGCAGAAGCUAAGAUUGAGCAUCUUAGGGCUGCUAGUACAGGCAGUCCCCCUAGCAUAACCGGAGAAAGAGAAAGAGAAUCUCCCACUGUAUCGGACAUAUUUACUGAGCAACCCCGUAGAAGUAACGCCCAUAGACGAGGCAAGGCCCCACCAGUGGAACCAUUUACUGGGGAGAAUGAAGCCAUUAGGUUUGACGACUGGCUCCCUUCGCUAGAACGUGCAGCCACGUGGAAUGAAUGGGCGGAAGGCGAUCGCCUACUCCAGUUGGCAGGCCACUUACGAAGUAGAGCCCUGCAGGAGUGGGAGCUAAUCAGCGACAGUAAUAAGACAACUUACUCACUAGCUGUAAAAACUUUGAAGUGUAGACUGGAUCCAGGGAGUAAAACCCUAGCAGCACAGGAUUUUCGCCACACGGUCCAGUCAGAAACAGAAAGUGUCGGAGACUUUAUACGCAGACUAGAACGGAUUUUCCGCAUAGCUUAUGGGCGGGAUGGUAUCAAUGCAGAGGCCAGAGAUGCCCUGUUGUACGAUCAACUACAUGAGGGGUUGCGUUAUGAAAAUAAUGAGAGCACCAGGCGUAUCUGGCGUUGACUCCUAUUCAGCUUUAUGCAUUGCAGCAAAGAGUGAGGAGCGUAGGCUCCAGGAAUUGAGGAAGAGGAAACAGUAUCAGAAGCCACCCCCCCAGACCUUCCCAGCUAGAGGAUAUGGGUUUACCAACACCCUCAAUGAGAAGAGACGUGAUGGUAAGAGCGAUAAGCGUACCUGUUUUGUAUGUGAUCAACCCGGUUAUUUUGCCAACAACUGCCCCUCUAGACGCACAGCUAGAGAGCUGAGGUAGAAAUCUACCAGGCAGCCAGAAAUCAGCCCCGGUGCAGACUAUGAGUGGGUUAGAACCUGAGGCAUCUGAUAGGAUGGAGGACAUGUUAGAAAUGCUUCUCUCUGACUCAGACGGAGAACAGGUUCAACUGGUACACAGGGUAGUAGUGCUAAAGGAGCCACAGUCCAGAUUCAAGGAGUCCCAGCAGUAGGUGUGCUAGAUAGUGGCUC